AUUAGAAAGAAAAGCAUUUGGCGAGGAGAGAGAGCGCAAAAUAAGAAAAAGGAAAAAAAGAAAAGAAAAGAAAAACCCCGGAGAAGAGAGCCACCGCUCCUUCCUUCCCUCUUAUUUUUUUUCCAUACAUAUUUUUUCUUUUUAAAUUUUCCGAAACACAUUCUACAAUAUACUCUCUGUUUAGGGCCUUGUGAAGUUUGUUUGGUGUGGGCUUGGUUGGGUACCAGCAAUGCCUCUGUUGAAGAAAAAGCCAUUCACUUUGCUGGAACCACCCAAGGAUUUGAAACCUCAUGAGCUUGUAUAUCAAGUUCGCUUCACAAAGGAGAUAUUUCGGAAUUAUCAGAUGUAUUUGAAUCGAAUAAAUUUAUAUCGGCAGAGAAUUUGGAGUUGCAAAAUUAGUGGAAAAGCUAACUUGACUUUUGAAGAGGCUUUAGUGUCUGAAAAGCAUGCGACAGAGAAGGUUCAAGAGAUUCCCAAAGAGCUUGUAGGACCUGCAUUGCAUAUCAUACAAUAUAGUAUGCUUUCACUGAAAGAUCUUGCAGACACUAUAGCAAAAAAGCUGCACGAACAUUUGUUUGUAGGUGCUGAAUUGAAUGGAAAAAAGGGUGGUGAUAUCUGUCCAUGCAAGAUAGUAAAGGUACUGGAUGAGGGUACUUUUAAAACCCAAUAUGAGGUAGCUUGGCUUGAUAAGAAUAAUAAAGUAAUGGAAACAUCAGUUGCAAAAAGGGAUGAUUUAAUGUGGAAGAAGUUUCCUUUUAGUAGAAAUAUUUUGAAGUCCUUUAUUCGUGAGUCAACAUACAGAAGUGCUCCUUGGGUGCUUCAUAACAAUUUGGCACAGAAGCAUGGUAUCUCAUGUGACCCACCACAGGAGUUAAAAGGCAAAGUUUUCAUACAGGAUGGACUAGUAAUCUGCAAUAAGAAGAGAAAAGAGGAAGCGGAAAAAGCAUCUGGAAAACAUAAAAAGAAAAAAGUGGAAGGUGUGGUAGUUGGCGCUACAAACAUGGAAAAAAAGGGUAAAAGUGGUACUAAAGAUGAUCAACCUAUGCAAGAUCCCAUAAGAUAUCCCAUUGAUGAUCUGUUGGUGCAGCCUGCGGCAGAUGAUCCAGUCUUCACUGACCGCCCUUCACCUUCAAGGGACUUUAAUAUUCAGAUGGAUUGUGUUGUUGAUCUUUUAAUGGUUUGGGAUUUUUGCUCCUCUUUUGGUAGGAUGUUGCACCUAUGGCCAUUCUCUCUGGAAGAUUUUGAAAAUGCUAUCUGCCACAAGGAUAGUAAUUUGAUUCUUAUUGUGGAAACACAUUCUGCACUUCUUCGACUGCUUAUAAAAGACAAUAGUGAAUGUUUUUCAGCUCUACCGAAAAGAAGCCUGAAGUUGAAGAUAACAUUAAUUAAUUGGACAGAAUAUUUGUGUCAUUUCAUAGAGAAGAUCAACAUUCCAGAUCUAUCCACAAAUGUGACAACAAUUAAGCGUGGGCACUAUGGUCUCUUAGAUGUUAAAGCUAAAUUGUGGAUCCUUCGAGAAUUGGUUAAUCAAGUCAUUGAAACAGAUCUUUUCAGAGAGAAGUUGGAUGAUCAUGUUGAACAGCGUCAGGCACUUGGAGCGACAAGGAGAGGGGAAGCUCUGGAAGAAGGUAGAAAGAGAAGACAAGAGAAGGAAAAGCUGAAGGUUGAAGAGAAGGUUGAAGAGAAGGUUGAUUCUCUUGACAAUAGAGCAAUGGAAGGAUUUAGUGUGGAAACUGCAGAAAACUAUCCAAGUAAGUUGGAAAAUGGGAAGCAUCAUAACAACAAUGGAGAGAUAGCAAAGGAAAUAAAUGAGGAGUUCAUUUCAGCUCCAGAAAAAAAUACGUCAGAUAAGAGUGAGAGCUACCAUUCAGAAAUUGCACCACAGAAAAUGAAGCAAAAUAUAGAUCUGGAAGUCCUGGAAGAAAAUAUAAAAAAUUCAUCUAGCAAAAUUGGAGUUAAACAGUUGAAGAAUGAGAAGAAGGAAGCAGUAGAAACGAGAAGCAAAGAGCAAAGGGAGGAAUAUUAUGAACGGGAGAUGGAGAAACUAGUCUUGCGCACCAAUUCAUUGGGUAAAGACAGAAACUACAAUAGGUAUUGGUGGUUCCGACGUGAUGGGAGGAUCUUUGUUGAGAGUUCCGACAACAAGCUAUGGGGCUAUUAUUGUUCCAAGGAAGAGCUUGAUGCAUUGAUGGGUUCACUGAACUGUAAGGGUGAGAGAGAGAAGGCUCUUCAGAAACAGCUGCAGAAAUUCUACAGCAGAAUGUGCUUAAAACUACAGAAGAGAUCAAAAGAUUUGGCUCAGAAGAUUGCAGCAGAGGAGGCUGUGCUCCGUAGAUCUACUCGUGUACGAGCUCUGCCAAGGGAAAAUCCUACUAAUGCUUUUCUUGGUUAUGUUAACAAGUGGAAGGAAGACUAGGUGGUAGAUCCUAUAGUUAGAUAGAUCCCAUACACAUCUGUUUUAGGCUGACUGAGUAGGAAUAUUUCAGCGACUAAAGUGGUGAUUCAUUUUUUUGUUGGUGGGAGUUUGGGGGCUGAAGCGGAAGCUGAUGCCAGUUUUGUAGUUGCCAUCAAGAGGAACAUGGAUGGGAAGCUUUUGUUUUUCAUAAUCCAGUCCAUGUUACAGCAUUAAGCAUUAAAUGACCUUUUGUUCUA